AUGCCUGAGCGACACAGAGGCGUAUACCCAGCUGAGGAGUGCCAGGUACACCCAGCUGAGGAGUGCCAGGUACACCCAGCUGAGGAGUGCCAGGAACACCAACCUGAGGAGUGCCAGGUACACCUAGCUGAGGAGUGCCAGGAACACCCAGCUGAGGAGUGCCAGGAACACUCAGCUGAGGAGUGCCAGGAACACCCAGCUGAGGAGUGCCAGGAACACACAGCUGAGGAGUGCCAGGAACACCCAGCUGAGGAGUGCCAGGAACACUCAGCUGAGGAGUGCCAGGUACACUCAGCUGAGGAGUGCCAGGUACACCCAGCUGAGGAGUGCCAGGAACACUCAGCUGAGAAGUGCCAGGUACACCCAGCUGAGGAGUGCCAGGAACACCCAGCUGAGGAGUGCCAGGAACACCCAGCUGAGGAGUGCCAGGAACACUCAGCUGAGGAGUGCCAGGAACACCCAGCUGAGGAGUGCCAGGAACACUCAGCUGAGGAGUGCCAGGUACACCCAGCUGAGGAGUGCCAGGAACACCCAGCUGAGGAGUGCCAGGUACACCCAGCUGAGGAGUGCCAGGAACACCCAGCUGAGGAGUGCCAGGAACACCCAGCUGAGGAGUGCCAGGAACACCCAGCUGAGGAGUGCCAGGAACACCCAGCUGAGGAGUGCCAGGAACACCCAGCUGAGGAGUGCCUGAAGGAGGUAGUGGAAGAGGGAUGUCACAAGACUCCUGGGGCCGCCCACCGGGAAAAGUUCUCGCUUUAA